AUGAAUAAAAACAUCUGGAACGUACUUUUAAUAAUUUUAGUUAUAAAUUUUUUACUGACCACGGGUGGAACGACGGCCCAAAAGAACAACGGGAACAAUGGACCAGAUAACAGCAGGAACAAUGGGCCACAGAACAACGAGAAAAAUGAACCACAGAACAGCAGAAAAAAUGGACCAGAUAAUAAGGAGAAAAAAGAACACAGCUGUUGUGGGAAAAAAGACUCAACUGGGAGCCCCGAGGGAAAAAAAAAAGAUGAAAAAAUUUCAGAGGAUCAUAAGAAUUCAAAGAAUAAUGCAGAUUGCACACCUUCAUUACAUGUAAAAUGUGCUCAUAACUGCAGCAAAAAAAAGCUGGCCUUUAUUUAUGAUUGCUGGGACAAUUUCAAAUUGUAUAGGAAUAUAAUUGACCAGUACAUGAAGGGGCAGCAGGAAAAUAACUUCCAACUGCAGGGAGCUGGCGAUGAAGAUAGCGGCGAAAAUGGCGGUGGAAGUAUGAAAGGCCAUAGCAUGGCCAUGUCGAUGCCCAUGUCAUUUCAGCUUUCCACACACACGAUUAUUUUGUUUAAAUUCUGGGAAACCAAAACGGAAACGUCCUACUACAUCUCCCUCGUCCUAUGCUUCCUUUUCGGCGUAAUAUCAGUCCUACUGAAGCUGCUCCGGCUGCACAUCGAACAGACCCUGCCAAAAACCAAAGACACAAACGUAAUGAGGAGUGGAAUUCUUUUUAAAAACAAUUUAACCAGAUCUGUUCUCUCAUUUAUCAUUUAUUCAUGGGACUACUUAUUAAUGCUAAUCGUUAUGACGUUCAAUGUGGGCUUAUUCGUGGCCGUUGUGGUGGGUCUAUCAAUUGGUUUCUUUUUAUUUGGACAUAAGUUUGUCACAUGUGGGAGGAGCUCCACGGAUGGGUUGGACGUCCACAAGGAAUUUCAUGGAGACCCCGCCUGUUGCGGGUGUUGA